UCACCUAUCAUUCCAAACAAAAUGAUCAGCAAAGUUAAAAAUGCGAUGUCUACCCUGGUGGGAGGAAUGAUCCCUCACGGCCACCAUCACCCCUCCGGUACCGGCCAGAACAGCGGCUCAUCGGAGGGCUUACCCCCGCGGUUCCCUUACGGUCGACCGGACUUCUUGGACCUUACCCCGGAGCUGCUCCAGUACUCCACCGAGCACGCCUCGCGCCCGGUGCUGAUGCUGAGGAGGGACAGCAGGCUGCCGUGGCGCACGGGAUACGCAGAGGUGAUCAAUGCGGGCAAGAGCAUGCUGAACGAGGACCAGGCCUCCUGCGAGAAGCUGUUCGUCAAGAAGCCCUCGGGGAAGCACCGCAGCUCCCCUCUCCAGGAGGACACCGGGGACGCCACGGGCAUCCCGCUCCACUUCUGGGGCGUGUACGACGGCCACGCCGGCUCGGGCGCCGCCAUCGCCGCCUCCAAGCUGCUGCACCGGUUGAUCCGAGACCGCCUGGGCGAGGUGGCCCACCUGCUGGAGAACCCGGCCAGCCCCCCGCCCAUCUGCCUGGCCAAGAACGGCAGCCCCUACCAGGCCACGGAGAGCAAGAAGGGCGCCGCCGCCGCCGCCGCCGCCGCCGCCCAGCAGCAGGGGGAAGGCGCCGCAGCAGAGGAGCCCGACGCCAUCAGCGACCCCUCCAUCCGCUACCACAUGGAGAAGGUGGUGAGCAUGGAGAGCCUGGUCAUGGGCGUGCUGGAGAACGCCUUCCGACAGAUGGAUGAGCUUAUUGAAAAGGAGAAGGCAUCCUACACAAUCUCUGGUGGAUGUUGUGCCUUAGCUGCUGUCCAAAUGUUGGGGAAACUUUAUGUGGCAAAUGCUGGAGAUAGCAGGGCCAUAAUUAUACGAAACGAUGAGGUUAUUCCAAUGUCUAAUGAAUUCACUCCUGAAUCAGAGAGGCAGCGGCUACAGUAUCUGGGCUUCCUGAGGCCAGAGCUACUGGGGAAUGAGUUCACUCACAUGGAGUUCCCUCGCAGGAUCCAACACAGUGAGCUAGGCAAGAAGAUGCUCUUCAGAGACCACACCAUGACGGGCUGGGCUUAUAGGACUAUUGUUGAAGACGAUCUGAAAUUCCCCCUGAUCUACGGAGAGGGCAAAAAGGCCCGCGUCAUGGCGACUAUUGGAGUGACUCGCGGCCUGGGGGACCACGACCUCAAGGUGUACAACUCCAACAUCCACAUCAAGCCAUUCCUCUCAUGCUGUCCGGAGGUGAAGGUGUACGAUCUGUCUGAGAAUAAGCACGGCCCAGAUGAUGUCCUGGUCAUGGGUACAGACGGACUGUGGGAUGUGACCACCGACCAGGAAGUGGCGGAUGCUGUAUCCACCUUUCUGUCUGGCUGUGACCCCUCCGAUCCCAUGAGGUAUACGCUGGCCGCCCAGGACCUGCUGAUGAGGUCACGAGGCGUGCUGAAGGAGCGCGGCUGGCGGUUACCCAGCGAUAGGUUGGGCUCCGGCGAUGACAUCACUGUGUUUGUGAUCCCGCUGGCGGGCCAUGAGGGAGAGUCAUGAGUCCCCCCCGCCUGACCCCCUGGACUCUCCCCGCUCCGUCCCCCCGACCCCAAUGGUCCCUGACGUCAAAACUAUUCAGAGGAAAGGAGCAAGGAAGAAGAGCUCAAAAUAACUGUUCUCCUUUAUGGAAAGGAUGAGUAGGUCUGUGAAGAUUCCUAGACAGCAACCACUGGAUCAGGACCCCAACCACUGGAUCAGGACCCCAACCACUGGAUCAGGACCCCAACCACUGGAUCAGGACCCCAACCACUGGAUCAGGACCCCAACAACUGGACCAGGACCCUAGACUAACCACUGGACCAGGACCCCAACCACUGGACCGGGACCCCAACCACUGGACCAGGACCCCAACCACUGGACCAAGACCCCAACCACUGGACCAGGACCCCAACCACUGGACCAGGACCCCAACCACUGGACCAGGACCCCAACCACUGGAUCACGACCCCAACCACUGGAUCACGACCCUAGAACAACCAGGUGACCAGGACCCCAACCACUGGACCAGGACCCCAACCACUGGACCAGGACCCCAACCACUGGACCAAGACCCCAACCACUGGAUCGGGACCCCAACCAUUGGACCAGGACCCUAGACCAACCACUGGACCAGGACCCCAACCACUGGACCAGGACCCUAGGCCAACCACCGGACCAUGAUCCAGGACCAGGACCCUGUACAGAACCCAUGUAGUCUCAUUUCCCCACAUGUGACUCAAAACUAAAAAAACAAUGAGAACCCUUAAAUGCCGAUGAAUGUUACACUCCCUCUUUAAAGCCCGCUUAAUGUGACCGUUGCCAAUGAGAAUUAAAUCCAAAUAUAUUUUUAUUUGUUAUUUUGGAACCCAAACUUCAAAGCAAUCCCAGCUGAAUGUCAGUCUCUUCCAAAAGAAAACUACCAAACGUUUGCGUGGGAAUAUUGGUGUAUCGGGACAGCAAUAGUGUGAAGAGAAAGGCCCUGAGAGACCUCAGUUCCUGUACAUUGGAUACAACUCUGGAGUUUGGCUCAAGAGGAACAAUGAGGCUGUGACUAGUGCGUUACAGUUUCAGUCAGUAACUCAGUAGGCUCCCUCCAGGCCCAGAUGGAUGAUGGGAGCUGUGGGCCAGAAGCACUUUAAGACUGUCCUACAUGAUCAAUUGGUUCAUCUUUUGGUAACUGAGAUUUACAAUUUUGGUGUUGAAUGUAAUAAUGAUCCAGUUUUGUGACUUUAUGACCGUUCCUGCACUGGUAAAUUGAGGACUUUAUGACCAUUCCCGCACAGGUAAAUGAAGGCGUUUGGAUCUUCAUAAAUGGCAGGAUGUGAACAUUGCUUUAGUUUGGCUUUUCUUUUUUCUGGCCUGAAAACGUCCCAAAAACGGUUGGUAGGCCUAUUUUUAGAAGUGAUGUUUGUCACAGAUAUGCCUUAUUAUGAUUAAGAAAUUAAGGAUAUGUUUCUGCUGAGUUUCAAAUGCACUUACGUUUUUAGAAGAUACAAUUAAACUGUAUGCCCUUAAAUGUAAUUUUUAACAAUUAUUUUGUCUUAAUUUUUAACAAUUAUUUUGUCUUGCCAUCAUUUAUUUUAUAACAUUUGUUUUAUGUGUUUCAAUACUUGAAAACACAUAUUUUUUCCACAAUUAAUUGUUUGGACAAAAAUUGAAGAGUAGGAGCAAAGCGGUACAAGGAGAAUGCGUACCAAUUUGUAAAUGAAUACGAUAUUUUUUCCCCCCA